AUGCCUGCCUCACUGAACCAGACGCCUGAAGCAUCUGCCAUCAAGCGGCGCACAGCAAAGACCAAGAGAUCACGAGCAGGCUGUCGCACUUGCCGUAUCCGCAAAGUCAAAUGCGACGAAGCUCCUGGGGCCUGCGAACUAUGCACGUCUACCGGCCGCACCUGCGAUGGCUUUGACCAUGUCGUUUGCCUCCGCCAUAGGAAGCAAGACCAUCGGCGUUGCACCACCGCGCUUACAACCAUCCAUCCUCAACAAUCGUCUCAGGGUGAUGACAUCGAACAAGGCGAGAUGCUUUUCCUACUUUCAGAAUCGCGAGAUCCCUGCAAGUUUGAUGAUUUUCGAUUCUUCCCUCAGGAAAAGGCUCGUUUGCAGAUGGCCCCGGCGGAAUCCGCUAUUCAUCAUGCGAUGAUCGCCCUGAGUGCCGUGCACCUGGAUACCGAAAUUAUGGAAGUCUUAAAGCUUACUCCCGGAGUAGCGCCGCAUGGUGCCUUGCAACUCUUUGCCCUCGAGCAACUAGGGCGCUCAUAUGCCCUGUUACAACAGCGCUGCAGCUCCCAAGACCCGCAGCUGGUUCAAGGCCAUUACGAGAUGGCAUUCACACAUAUGCAAAGUGGUCUGCGAAUUCUCAAGGAUCUUACCCACUUUAAAUGCCAGCUGGACCCAUUUACGGCGAACAACUUACCAUUUGAGAGAUGCUUGUCGCGCCUGCAAGAAGGACGGCAGGCAUACAACUACAUCGCAAGCGCGCUUUCUCGAUUCCUGCCCCAAUGCUGGCAUCUAUCGGACGCAGAUAUUGGCGUCCGGUAUCACCGGCUCCAUCCGCAGCAAACCCAACUCUACUCGCAAUCCAGCCGGAUGUUAUGGGUCUUCGAGGACUACCAUGCGCGCGCUUCUGGCUCCCUGACCCCGCAAGAGCAACAGGGUCUGGAUAUCCUCAUAUACCACAUACACAGCUUUAUGCUAGGGCUCAAGAUCUGUCUAGUAGGCAGCAAUCAUGCCGCCCGCGCCGCCUACACUAGUGAUUUCGUCUCCUUGCUCGCUGAGACACAGGACCUCAUGGCUAGUGUUUCUGACCGCCCCAGCGUCACCCUGGACCUCGGCAUAAUCCCUGCUCUUCACCUCAACUCCACCCUCUGUGCCGAUCAUCGGGUGCGGUUGCAAGCAUUUCACCUUCUCCGGAUCUGGCCGCACUGCGAGGGUCCAUUUGAUUCCGUCAUGACGGUGGUGUUGGCAGUGGAGCGAAUGCGCAAAGUUGACCUACAUGCGCGAGAAAGAUUACUCAUACUCUGAUUACUAUUGCACUUCGUAGUCGUCGUCGCCGUCCUCAGCCUUCUCCUCAUUCUCCUCCCUAUCCUCCUAUAGCCCGUUGGGUGAGGAGGGAACCGUACGACCGAGCGGGAUACCGCUAACUCCUACUGAAAUUGAGGAUUUUCUGAGUGCUAUUUCUGGGGACAACCAGGGCUACCACAAGACAGAGGAGAUUAUUGCGCUCGCUGCUCGGUGGAGUUGCUUCAACGUCUUCGUGGAGAGUGAUCAGACUGUUCUGAAUAUUAUCGGGUUUGCUGUAGCGGCCGAGUUGCCUUCAAAGUCGCGUGUAGCCGGUCGAUACUCGUUAAAUCGAAAGCGGCGUCUUGAUUGGGAGUUACAACAUUGCAAGAG